GUGAUUAUGUAAAUAAACCUCAGAGAUCCUUGAGGCUGUGAGCUACGUGCAAAUACUGAUCGAAGUGAGACGACGAAGUCAUCUAUAGAUGGUUGAUUGUCUCUAGUAAUCGCAAUAAAUAACAUGGCAAUGGGAUCCAAAGCAGGGGAAAGUAGUCGACCGCAGUCGCGUGUAGUGAGUAAUGGGCCUGGGAGGCACUCGUAUCUGGAUACAGACGACAAUCUCCUGGCAUCUAGCUUCGAGUGCUCUGAGAAGAUCAGACUGGACUCCCGAAUGCAACUCUCAAUUAGUCCCACAGGUCAGUUGUUCGAUUCGGAAUCCAGUCGCAGUGAAAUUGAACUGAUGUUCGAUGAAGCAGAGUCUCGAGCUGGCGAACUCAUCAAGUGUCUGCGGAAGAAAAUAAAUCAAGUUCUAAGCGACGACGACACUCCUCUCGCGGAUGUUGGGAUUCGAAUCGUAAACCCCGAACAUCACCACAAUCUAUCCCUGGAAACAUUCUGUUCUCUCUAUCGCGGCUUAUAUGAAAUAGUUGAACUCACAGUCCAGCAUUUAAUUUGUGUCCCGAAAGAUUUGAUUGACAAUUUCGACCCAGAAAGAGUGGUGAUAACGAAAGCAAUCAUUCUAGAUAAGUGUCGCGAGUAUUUCCGUCUUGUACAUAUUAGUUCCUACUCAUUUAUAUCAUGUUGCCAUGAAUGCCCAAUAGUGUUCAACCACGCCAAAGUGCUCAAAUUCAUAGAACUCCUUCUACAGCCAAUUGAAGAUGUUAGAUUCAUUGUUAAAUGUCUCAACUCUCUAGCUGUCUAUGUUGGCCAGGUUCUAGACCAAAAAGUGCCAGAACACGAAGAGCUACUGCACAUAACAACCACUUAUUCUUCUUUAGAUGUAGAGUUAGAGGAACUGACGGGGUUUCCAGACUUCAUUCCGCUUCAUUUGAAUCUGCAGAUCAAGUUUGAUGAGAUCAGACACAAGGAAGACCAUCAGAUCAGAUCACUUCAGACUGUUAAAUUACACUUAGAUCAACUGCGACUUUUUUCCAAGCACGACUCACACCCUUUCAAGCUGCCCGAAAUGUUAAGUUUGAAAGUUUUCCAAGAGUUUUUACUUCACCCGCAUGUUAUCGACAUGGUAUUUGGAAACUGCCUCGAUAUCAUAGAAGUGCAUGAGAACUUUCUAGAAUCUCUGGACGCCGGAUUUCUUAAUUACGUUGACCAAAUUCCAGAAUUGACAGCUGAGUACUGCACAUUAAUAGCCGAUCAUUACGAGAAACAUAGAGAAUUGUUCGGAGCUUUGAUCGGUGAAGUUGUUUUUACAUCGGAAUUAAUAGAAUUAUUGACUACAAAUUGUCCCGAGUUCGCGUAUUUUUUGAGAAAAAUGUCAGAAAAGUCCCAGAAAACCUUAACACCGCAUCGAGGAAAAUAUUCACUUGCAGGCGUAUAUCAGAACAUAGCGAGACAUAUUAUGAGCUAUGCUAACUUUUUCUCGGUCAUCGAUGAUCUCUGUAAACAAAAAAGUGGGUCACAAAAUUGGGAAGAAGUUAUGGACAAAGUCCACGCUUCCCAGGCCAAAAUAAAAACCACAAUCAAGUACUUGAAUGACGCAACCGAAACCAGAUGUCUGGCACAUGCGUGUCUGGGUACGAUAGGCGAACUUCCACUUUGUGUUCUUUUUUCCAGGGGCCAAAAUCUGAGGAUGUCACCGGCUAUCAUUAAGUUUGGAUUUAGCUCCAAACCGAAAGAUGACUGUGUUUUAUAUUUCUUCUCUGGCUUAAUCGAAAUUGCGCACAAAAAGAGGCCUUAUUCGCUGCUUCUUGCGUCUAAAGAUGACAACAAAACUCAAAAUCAUUCUUACCACCUGCACUUGGGAUCUGUCAAGUACUGGAAAGUGUCAAAAGAAUCAAACAGUUUAGUUAAAGUAACGCCUUCUGUAGGAGCAGUUUGUACUCUUAACACCCCUCCGAAUGUCUUGAAAGGACUGCAUUGUAAGAAUCACGAUCAGUCCAGUAGUUCUCUAAAUGGUAAAAAUCAUUCUAAUCUAUUCCUCAAAUUUUCCGAUACUUCUGUCGUGGAUAGCUUUUUGUCGCAUUUCAACUUAAAGUAGUAUUUUGGUUUUGUAAAAUUGUUUAUAAAGUAAAAAUUAAUUUGGUUUAUUUAUUAAUAAUACUAAAAAUGCAACCCCAA